AUGGCGUCCAACAAUAUGGUCCUACUCGUUUUUAUCCCACUCCUCCUCCACCUGAUUCUGGCGGCAGAAUCUAAGCUCAGCCCCGACUACUACCAGAAGACUUGCCCCCAAUUCUCUCAGAUCGUCCAGCAGGUCGUGGCCGACAAGCAGCUCGCCAUCCCCACCACCGCCGCCGGCACCCUCCGCGUCUUCUUCCACGACUGCAUUGUCGGCGGCUGCGACGCCUCCCUCCUCGUCUCUUCCUCUCCCUUCAACACCGCCGAGCGCGACAACUCCAUCAACCAGGCCCUCCCCGGGGACGCCUUCGACCUCAUCACCCGCACCAAGACCCGCCUCGAGCUCGCCUGCCCCGGCAUCGUCUCGUGCGCGGACAUCCUCGCCGAGGCCACUCGCGACCUCGUCUCCAUGGUCGGGGGCCCUUACUACCCCGUCCGCCUCGGCCGCAAGGACAGCCUCGACUCCCGCGCCGCCGACGUCCCCGGCCACGUCGCCCUUCCCAACAUGACCAUCUCUGCCAUCAUCGCCAUGUUCGAGGCCAAGGGGUUCACCGUCCAGGAGAUGGUGGCGCUCACGGGGGCCCACACCAUCGGCUUCUCCCACUGCUCCGAGUUUGCCGAGCGGAUACUCGACGGGCACGACGACCCGAGCAUGAACCCGGAGUAUGCGCGCGGGCUCAGGAAGCUGUGCGCGGGGUACCGUGCCGACCCGACCAUCGCGGCAUUCAAUGACCCGAUGAGCCCCGGGAGGUUCGACAACACGUACUUUGUGAACCUGCAGAGAGGGAUGGGGCUGCUGGCGAGCGACCAGGCCAUGGCCACCGACCCGAGGACGAAGCCGUUCGUCGACCUCUACGCUAGAGAUGAGAAGGCGUUCUACAAGGCGUUUGCACACGCCAUGGAGAAGGUGAGCGUGCACAACGUGAAGACGGGGAAGAAGGGGGAGGUCAGGCGCAGGUGCGACGCCUUCAAUUCCAUGCACAUCUGA